AUGAAGUCUUUCUACAUUUCUCUUGGCUUUGCUGCUAUGGUCAAGUCUCAGGGCUUUGAUUUCGGUGUCAUUGAUGCUGCUCCAGUUGCGGUCACCACGACUCUCUCCAUUGGGGCCGGUUCCACAACCAUUGAAUACAACAGUGCCACCGCUAUCGCCAAUGUUGUAGCUGACGUGUCUGCAAAUUUUAUCUCUAGGAACCUCUCUUCCAAGAGUGCUUUGAAAAACAGACUGCCUGCCGGGAAGCGAGACGGCAGCUGCAAUGUCCAGCCCUCUGGUGCCGGUCCUGUCCCAAGCCCCGACACUCCAGGUGCUUUUCUUGCUGAUCCAGAUUUCUCAUCUGUUGCAAUUGAUGCUCAAACACCAUCUGGGUUUGUCCGAUCGUCCCUGAAUCUCCGAGGAUCCAACUCCGCCUAUGCAUCUAUGGGGCACACUGCGCUUGAUAGCUACGAUUCGCAGACUUGCGCCAACAAGUGUAGAGCUAUAACCGGCUGUAUGCGUUCAAUAUCUAUUUCGAGCGCGACCCAUCUCUUUUGCCCUGACCCACCCAGCACUAUUGUUAUCAAGUGCGUUUUCUGGGGCGGCCCAGUCUUAAAUACGAAUGCAAACAAUGAGGGCCAAUGGCGUAGCAAGUUCGAGAUUGUGAUCGCUGGCUCUAACGGCUAUAACACCGCUGGGCCCUUCGAGAGCCCAACUGGAUAUACUGGAAUAUAUCUUGGUGAAGCUGCUAUCAAUGCGCCGAACGAAUGCAACAGCUACAUGGGUGUCAAGAUUUUCACUUCCAGCCCCUUUGAUCCUGCUCUGUGUGCUGCCGCCUGCAGCUCCCAAAGCGAUUAUAACCGUGCCAAUCCUUACGAGGAUGGCAAUUUCCAGACCUGCCAAUUUUACAACACCUACAUGCUUUUGAAAAAUGGUGGCUCUGCCCAGCAGUAUUGCUCUCUAGUACUGGUCACUUCAAAAGUAUUCUUCAUCCUGAGCUGUUAG